GGAAGGCGGUUUUCUAGUGGGGCGGGCGACGUAGGUGUUCCCGAAGGCCCUCGUCAGAUCCUCGGCACAGGUAAAAUCAGAAAAGGUCAUCCUCUCGACAGCCGUCCCUUCAGCACACUUUAGCGAGCUGGUGUCUUCUCCUCGGUGCCGUAGCGAGCUGGUCUCUCUUUUCGGAUCGGUGCAGCAAUACCAGGAAUGCGCGGACACGCGCAAUAAUAAUUAUUAUUUACGACGAAUGACGUAACCCAGAGGGAAAACAUAAAUGGCCAAAAUGUCUUUCUACGUUUCUAUAAGCAGGAAAAAAACCUCCGACCAUCUGAAGAUAUUCAUCAACCAUUACCUACCUCCACUAAGCCAACAGAUAGUCAACUGCAGUUCUACAGGCUAGGCCAGAGACACGAACGGCUGUGCACCUCACCACGCUGUACUUUUCAAUCAAAAUUUCACGGAGUAUAUACCCGUUUUAAAUUUUUUGGUAUUUGUAUUUUGACUCUCUGAGCAUCAAGUUAAAAGCUGUUUCUCAAAAAUAUACAGCCAAAGCCUACAUGGGUUAGGCCAGAUGCAGGGGAAAAUCGCUUAUUUUGUAUAAUUAUUAUAAUACAGUACAUACAGAGCGGGCUCGGAGAGCCGACGGAAACUUUCAGGAACGUACCACUGGCUAAGCCUGGCUAGCCCUAGAAGCUAGAUGAGAUUGUUCAUCUGGUUUCUAAGCUAACUUUUAGCUAAAGAUGUCCACUUCAAGUUGCCUGUGGUGGCCUACUGAACGUAUCGAUCGGCGAGGACGGUCCCACCUCUAUGAGUAACCGGCUAAGAUUAUUACAGUAGACCGAGCCAUUGCAGAAGAGAACCUAGAUCUUAAAAAAGAAAGGUUUAAACGACCAAAUAAGAGAUCACCUGUGGUGUGGAGCCGAAUAGAUCUCAGACCACCAACACACGGUGCAUAAACCGGAUAGAUCCUCUAUACUUCGGUUCCACUACUUCUAUAUAUACACAACACUCAUAGCGAUCCCCAAUGAUAAAGAAAAGCUGAGAUGAACGCUCACUGGGCUUAGGUACGUGGCCAAGAAACCAGCUCCCAGGCCCACGAGACUAGACUUGAGCGCGAAAAUUACUCUUUCAUUGUGCAGCUAGAGAUGGCGGAAACCCCCGUUGUAAGAGUAGUUUCCGUGGCGGAUGUGGUCAGCGCUAAUGCUGAGUUUGCGGCUUCUGCACUACUCGCGUUGGAAGUAAACAAUAAUUUUUUGUUGGAGAUCAGGCAGAAAGGGAAGGAGCCAAUAGCAGCACUAAACGAGAAGCAAAAGGUCAUUCAGCUAGAGUCCAGCAGUAAAUGUCUCCAGGAUGCUCUUGACCGGCUUCUUGGGACUCUGCACAACAUGUUCUCGAAGUCGAAGGGAGGGUCUGCAAAGAAGAAAAUUAGAGAGGGGAAGACAAGGAUUACCCUACAGGAAGGUGAUGUUGUGGACAUUGCAGCAGUGAAGCAAAAUUUAGAACAGGUAAGGGGAAAGUUUAACACCACUAAUACACAAAACAACACCGAAGAGCAGACGGCACUGGAGGAGGAGGCCUUAGAGUUCCUACUGGAGAACGAGGAGAGAGAGAAAAAAACAACUACAGCAGGCUCUCCGGGUCACAAAAAACAAAGGAAGAGCUUAUCAUGA